CGGCCACCGUCGGCCGCGCUUGCGCGGCGGAGGCGAUGGCGGCGGCCGGGCUCCGCGGUGUCCUCUGGCAGCGGGCGGCCGCCCGGCUGUGGGCGGCGCGGGCCGCCUCGGCGGCGCCCCCAGGGGCGCGGGCGGCCUCGGAGAUGUCCAAGGACCUGAUGCCCGGGCCGUACCCCCGCACACCGGAGGAGCGGGCAGCCGCCGCGAAGAAGUACAACAUGCGGGUGGAGGACUACGAGCCCUACCCCGACGACGGCUUCGGGUAUGGUGACUAUCCCAAGCUCCCUAAUAAGUCUUUCCAUGAGAGAGACCCCUGGUACCAGUGGGACCAGCCAGACAUGAGGCAUAACUGGGGAGAGCCGAUGCACUGGGACUUUGACAUGUAUAUUCGGAACCGCGUUGAUACAUCCCCCACUCCAGUUCCCUGGCACACCAUGCGCAAACACUUCCUUAUCUUUUUGAGUACCAUGCUGAUCAUGUUUGGUCUUGGAGAGAUCUUUCCAGCUUACAGGCCUGUGGGACCGAAGCAAUAUCCCUUCAAUGACCUGUACCUGGAGAGAGGAGGAGACCCCAAUAAAGAGCCAUCAGUGGUGACGCACUAUGAAAUCUGAAAGUUGAAGUGCUCUGUUUCUCCUGUGUCAGCUCUGCUGGGGAUGGCAUCUUCUUUAACAUUCACUGUGGCAUAUAACAUUUGUUCUUCAGUGUUCAACCACUAACUCCAGUGAAAUAUAUCAAUGAUACCUAC